CGCCGUGUGCCCGCUUCUUGGGGACGCCGUGUGCGUCUAAGGCGCCGGCCGUGGUCGCGGGGUGGGCUGAGUUCUUCGCCUCCUUUUAGCCUGAGAUCUGCCCGCUUUUCAGGCGUUGCUUUUGAAGAUCUCAGAGAGGCCCUUAAAACAAGACUGCAAAUGGUGUGUGUAUUUAUCAUGAACCGAAUAAAUUCCCCGAGCAGUGGCUUCACUCAACGCAGGCGGAUGGCUCUUGGGAUCGUUAUUCUCCUGCUGGUUGAUGUGAUCUGGGUUGCUUCCUCAGAACUCACUUCGUAUGUUUUCACGCAGUACAACAAACCAUUUUUCAGCACCUUUGCAAAAACAUCUAUGUUUGUUCUGUACCUUUUGGGCUUUGUUAUUUGGAAGCCAUGGAGGCAGCAGUGCACAAGAAGAUUUCGAGGAAAGCAUGCUGCUUUUUUUGCAGAUGCUGAAAAUUACUUCGCUGCAUGCACAACAGACACAACUAUGACUAGUUCUUUGAGCGAACCACUGUAUGUUCCUGUGAAAUUUCAUGACCUUCCAACUGAAAAAACUGAGAGCACAAACAUUGAUACUGAAAAAACUCCCAAAAAGUCUCGAGUAAGGUUUAGUAAUAUCAUGGAGAUUCGACAGCUUCCAUCAAGCCAUGCAUUAGAAGCCAAGCUGUCUCGCAUGUCCUAUCCUACUGUGAAAGACCAAGAGUCCAUAUUGAAAACAGUGGGCAAACUGACUGCCACUCAAGUAGCAAAAAUUAGCUUUUUUUUUUGCUUUGUGUGGUUUUUGGCAAACUUGUCAUAUCAAGAAGCACUUUCAGACACACAGGUGGCUAUUGUGAAUAUUUUGUCUUCAACUUCUGGACUUUUUACUUUAAUCCUUGCCGCAGUGUUUCCAAGUAACAGUGGAGAUAGAUUUACACUCUCUAAGCUACUAGCUGUAAUCUUAAGCAUUGGGGGUGUUGUGCUUGUUAACCUGUCAGGGUCUGAAAAGUCUGCUGGAAGAGAUAUGACCGGUUCUAUUUGGUCUCUUGCUGGGGCCAUGCUGUAUGCUGUGUACAUUGUCAUGAUUAAAAGAAAAGUAGACCGAGAAGAUAAGUUGGAUAUUCCGAUGUUCUUUGGUUUUGUAGGUCUAUUUAACCUGCUACUCUUGUGGCCAGGUUUCUUUUUACUUCAUUAUACUGGAUUUGAGGACUUCGAGUUCCCUAAUAAAGUGGUGUUAAUGUGCAUUAUCAUUAAUGGCCUUAUUGGAACGGUUCUUUCAGAGUUCCUGUGGUUGUGGGGCUGCUUUCUUACCUCAUCCCUGAUAGGCACCCUUGCCCUGAGCCUUACAAUACCUCUGUCCAUAAUUGCAGAUAUGUGUAUGCAAAAGGUGCAGUUUUCUUGGCUCUUUUUUGCAGGCGCUAUCCCUGUGUUUGUUUCAUUCUUUAUUGCAACUCUCUUGUGCCAUUAUAAUAAUUGGGAUCCUGUGAUGGUAGGAAUCAGAAGAAUUUUUGCCUUUAUAUGCAGAAAACAUAGACUACAGAGAGCUCCAGAGGACAGUGAGCAGUGUGAGAGUCUCAUUCCGCUGCAUGGGGUUUCUCAGGAGGAUGCAGCUAGUUAGCUGUUGUCUGCACUUCAGCCUGGUGAUGGGAUAUUACAGCGAAGAG